GCUUGGCCUGCAUCGCCAUCUCCAUCCCCAGACCCAUCAAGCGCCCCUCAAAAGCAUAUCUCGGGACGCGCGACACGAGAUUCUGCCUUCCCCGGACCGACGAACGAGCCAGAUCUGGAGUUUAUGGGAUGACGAUUGCGCCUAAAGACCUCAAUGAGCUGACCUCGACCCACCGGUCGCGGAUUUGGAGUCAACCAAAACCCCGAGAACUGACUGAGAUUUUUCCGUUAGACACUGCCACUCGGAGAAUUGUACCCUACCCUAGCUUAACUGCUCAUCAAAGAGGCACCGUUAGUGUCUCGAACUUUAACCUCAAACAUGAGCCAAGGCGGCGAGAACGCGUCCCUGGACACCGUGUCACCAUCCAACACCAUCACAAUGACCUCCAAACCGUCAUCAAAGGUCAACCAUAUUCCCGCUGAUGAACCGAAGAGCCAAGCCCACAAUGCAGAAGCCAGCGCCGCCACGGCGCUAGAGCACGAGCUUACCUUUCGCGACGCCGUGCGUCUCUACCCCAAAGCCAUUGGCUUUUCACUGCUGUUCUCCAUGGCGAUUAUCAUGGAAGGCUACGACAUGGCUCUCAUUGGCUCAUUUUACGGAUAUGAAUCGUUCCGCAACAAGUAUGGCAACCAACCAGACCCCGAUGGCGGCAUGGUUAUCUCUGCGGAUUGGCAGACGUACAUCCAAGUCGGCGGCAUGUGCGGGCAGAUCUUCGGGUUGUAUCUCAAUGGAUGGGUCUCUGAUGCUAUUGGAUACAAGAAGACUAUGAUACUGGCGCAGAUCAUUAUGGUCGCUUUCACGUUUAUCGUGUUCUUCGCGAAGAAUAUUCAGAUGAUCCUUGCGGGACAGAUUCUGAUGGGCAUUCCCUGGGGUGUCUUUCAGACCUUAACGUUGGCAUAUGCAUCUGAUAUCGCUCCCGUGGUUCUCAGGCCUUAUCUCACGGCAUAUGUGAAUCUCUGCUGGGUUAUCGGACAGUUGAUAUCAGCGGGGGUCCUUCGUGGACUUCUCAAUCUGGAUAACGAAUGGUCAUAUCGCGUUCCAUUUGCAUUGCAAUGGAUGUGGCCACCGUUCAUUAUCCUCGGCACGAUAUUUGCGCCAGAGUCACCUUGGUGGCUGGUUCGCAUGGGCCGUCACGAAGACGCAAAGAAGGCUAUUCUAGGCCUCGUCACGCCUCAGCCUGAUCUCAAGUUCGAUGCUGAUGCGCAAGUCUCAAUGAUUCACGAGACAAAUGAGCUUGAAAAGGCUACGUCUGCGGGUACUAAUUAUUGGCACUGUUUCAUGAGAGCUGACUUGAGACGGACCGAGAUUGCGUCCAUCACAUACGUCGCGCAAGCCAUGUGCGGCAGCGUUCUCAUGGGCUAUUCAGUCCAAUUUUAUGAGCGUGCAGGACUCUCGUCAAACAGCGCGUUUACUCUUAACAUCGUACAGUAUUCUGUAGGCGCAAUCGGUGUCAUCCUUUCAUGGUUCCUCAUGGCGAGAUAUGGACGUCGCGCGCUGUAUAUCGCCGGCACAACAUCGCUUUUCAUAAUCCUUUUAGUAGUCGGUGGCCUUGGAUUCGCACCUCAAAGCAAGGCAGGCCCUUCGUGGGCGAUCGGCAGCCUUCUCAUCUUUUAUACCUUUAUCUACGAUCUAGCAGUGGGACCAGUCUGUUACACCAUUGUCGCAGAAAUCCCAUCAACACGACUGAAAGCGAAAACGAUCGUAUUGGCGCGCAACUUCAAUAACAUGGCCGGCCUGGUAAAUAAUACGCUGAUGCCAAGAAUGCUUGGUGUACAUGCAUGGAACUGGGGUGCAAAAACAGGUCUUUUCUGGGCGGCGUUUUGUUUUCUCAUCAUGGUUUGGGCAUAUUUUCGUCUUCCGGAACCAAAAGGGAGGACUUAUGGGGAGUUGGAUGUUUUGUUUGAGCAUAGAGUCAGCGCACGUAAAUUUGCCAAAGCGCGGGUGGAUCAAUUUGGAGAUAGCACUGGUGCUGUCGAGGUUGAUGCGCAUUCUAGAUAACGGUUGUACUGGGUAAACUAUGGGUAUUGUAAUAUUAUGGGACGGGACACGGAUUUUAGAAUGGCGUCAACAUGUAAUCAAUUUGCAUAUCUUGCUCACAAUGGCUGCAUUCGCGGCCGAAUCACAGCUGCAGGCGAAAUAAUUAGCCAAGACAUUGUCACC